AUGACAGUCGCCACGGGACACAUCCACAGCGUCGACCUGAUCCCCCAGGGCACGGCCUAUGGCCUCCUGAUCGGGCUCGGCGUGCUCUUCUGCGGGGUCAUCCUGAUCGCCAUCAAGAUCCAAAAGGCCUAUCUCUGCGAAGACUCGGGCACCUCGGAGAUGUUCAUGGUGGCCAACCGCUCCGUCGGCACGGGGCUGACGGCCUCGGCGGUGUUUUCUUCGUGGAUGUGGAUCAACGAGACCGUUCUGUCGGCGGCCAUGUGCUACCGGUACGGACUGGCGGUUCCGUUGUGGUGGGGUUCUGGGCUGUGUUUCCAGAUCGCCCUGAUGGCGGCGCUCGGGGUCAUGGCCAAGAUCCGGGUGCCCUAUGCGCAUACGUCGCUGGAGAUCAUCCGGCUGCGGUACGGGCGCAUCGGACAUGUGGUGUUUAUCGUGCUCAACCUGACGAAUAACGUGUUUGGGUGCUCGAGUAUGAUUCUCACGGGGUCGCAGCUGAUCUAUGGCGUGUCGGGGAUGAAUUUCGUGGCGGCGACGAUUCUGAUGCCGCUGGGAGUGGUGCUGUAUACGGCGGUUGGAGGCCUCAAAGCCACCUUCCUGACCGACUUCCUGCACACGACGGUGGCCCUGAUCCUCAUCAUCUACUUCACCUUGACCGUUCUGGUCCAUCCGGCCGUCGGCGGCCUGGGGGGCCUGUACGACCAGAUCCGAGCGACGGCGGCCGAGAACUACAUUCCCGGCAACUUCGCGGGCUCGCUGCUCACGAUGAAGUCCCGCGACGCCAUCAUCUGGGGCCUGAUCCUCAAGUUCGGCAAUCUCGCCCUGGUCAUCAUGGACACGGCGUUCUGGCAAAAGUCGUUCGCCAGCGAGGUCCAUGCCACCGUCCCCGCGUACAAUCUCGCCGCCGUCGCGGUCUUUGGCAUCCCCUGGGGUCUCGGGACCGUCAUUGGCCUGUCCGCGCGCGCCCUCCACGACACACCGAUCUUCCCAACCUACCCGGGGACCCUGACGCUCGCCGAGAUCAACUCGGGCCUGGUCAUGCCGUACCUGGUCCAAGCCCUGAUCGGGCCCGCGGGGAUCGUCGCUUUCUUCAUCCUCCUCUUCAUGGCGCUGACCAGCACCGUCUCCUCGUCCAUGAUCGCCGUCAGCAGCAUCCUCUCCUUCGACCUGUACAAGACGUACAUCAACCCGCGCGCCAGCGACCGCCGCCUGCUCCACGUCAGCCACCUCACCACCGUCGUCCACGCCGUCUUCAUCACCGGCAUCGCCAUCGCCCUGAACUACGGCGGCGCCAACAUGACCUGGCUCGGAUACUUCCGGCCCAUCCUCUCCUGCCCGGGCAUCAUCCCGCUGGGCCUCACGCUGUUCUGGUCCGGCCAGACGCGCCUCGCCGCCAUCCUGGCCCCCAUCCUCGGCUUCGCCACGGGACUGACCAUCUGGCUCGUCAGCGCCCAAUCACUCUAUGGCGCCGUGACCAUGGACACGACGGGCCAGGGGCUCCCGGCGCUGUACGGCGCGAUCGGCUCGUUCUUCUCCCCGGCGCUCUACUCGGUCGUGCUAUCGGUAUUCCGGCCCGCGCGGUUCGACUGGCGGGAAUUCCUGCGUGUCGAGCUCGCCGACGCCGACGCCGACAAUGGACAGCCAGUGCUCCCGGGCGACGGAGACGCAGAAAAGAAACAACCACCCGCCCAGGUCACCCCGAUCCUCCCGUCAUCAUCGCAGCGGGCUCUCGACGACCUGCAGCACCCGUUCAGCGCGGAGACGCUGCAGGAACUCUGGCGGUGGCUGCGCAUCGCAUGGGUGGUGUUUGGGGUGCUAGUGCUGGUCACCUUUGUGCUCUGGCCCAUGCCGCUGUACCGCGACUAUAUCUUCUCGCGAUCGUUCUUCGCCGGAUGGACGACGGUGGCCAUUCUCUGGCAGUUUUUCGCGUUUGCGGCGGUGGUGGUCUACCCCUUGUAUGACGGACGGAGGGAGAUCGCCAGGGGGGCCAAGGGGGUCUGGAAUUCGUGGCCAUCCAUGCAAAAGGGUUGA